AUGUCGUCUGGCGCAUCUGAUACAGCAGCCGACAGUGCCAAGACCAACGGUAACAAUGAGACCAACAUACCUGGCGUGUUUCUCACACGGGCUGGCUGUUUGGGAGCUCAUGUCAAGAACACCAGCACGCCAAAUGUCAAGAACACCAGCACGCCAAAUGUCAAGAACACCAGCACGCCAAAUGUCAAGAACACCAGCACGCCAAACGUCAAGAACACCAGCACGCCAAAUUUCAAGAACACCAGCACGCCAAACGUCAAGAACACCAGCACGCCAAAUGUCAAGAACACCAGCACGCCAAACGUCAAGAACACCAGCACGCCAAACGUCAAGAACAACAGCACGCCAAACGUGAAGAACACCAGCACGCCAAACGUCAAGAACACCAGCACGCGAGACGUCAAGAACACCAGCACGCCAAACGUCAAGAACACCAGCACGCCAAACGCCAAGAACACCAGCACGCGAGACGUCAAGAACACCAGCACGCCAAACGUCAAGAACACCAGCACGCGAGACGUCAAGAACACCAGCACGCCAAACGUCAAGAACACCAGCACGCCAAACGUCAAGAACACCAGCACGCGAGACGUCAAGAACACCAGCACGCGAGACGUCAAGAACACCAGCACACCAAACGUCAAGAACACCAGCACGCCAAACGUCAAGAACACCAGCACGCCAAACGUCAAGAACACCAGCACGCUUAAUGUCAAGAACACCAGCACACCAAAGGUGGAUAAACUACACAACCGAUUGGUAGAGCUUACAACAACUAAUCCAAAAGUCUCGAGUGCGAAUCCCGGGCUCGAGUAUUUAGGACGCCCUUGA